CUUUCAUCAUUCCAAUCGAAACCGAUUUAUCUUCUAAAAACCCUCUCCUUGAUUCAAUCUUUGAUGCUGUUUCUCGGAUUUUGAUCUCUUCUAUCACUUCUUCUUCUUCUUCUAUCGCAGGCAUCGUUGUUUUGCCAGUGUCAUGAAGGCCCAUAUUCUUUUGUAAAGAAUUGGCCAUUAUGAAUUUCUUGAGAUUUUGGGGUGCAGAUCCUGGAUACAAGAGUUAGAACAAAAUUUCUAUCUUAGUGUCAAACUAUCAUGGCGAAACUGGCAAAACCUGGUCGCAGGAAACCAAAUGAGAGUAUGAGACUUGUAAUAACAACAGUUAUUGGAGUUGUAUUUGGCUUCUUAGUUGGAUUUUCCUUUCCUACAGACCGCAUAACGAAGUUCAUGAACUCAGGCAUCACAAGCCAGGUGGGAUUGAACAAUACUCAGAAUGGCAAAAUUAAUCAUGAUGGGCUAGAUGUAAACGAUUCUUUAAAGUUUAAUGCCCCAAAAAAUCCCCGAGGUGCCGAAAGUCUACCUCAUGGUAUUGUUGUAUCAGAAUCAGAUUUUUAUAUGCGAAGACUGUGGGGUGCCCCAAGUGAGGACUUAACCAUUCAACAGAAGUACCUUGUCGCAUUUGCAGUUGGAUAUGAUCAAAAGAACAACAUUAAUGCAGCUAUUAAAAAGUUCUCUGAAAAUUUCACAAUUGUUCUGUUCCACUAUGAUGGCCGAGUUAGUGAAUGGGAUGAAUUUGAGUGGUCAAAGAGAGCCAUUCAUGUGAGUGCUAUGAAGCAAACUAAAUGGUGGUAUGCGAAGCGUUUUCUGCAUCCUGACAUUGUGGCACCAUAUGAAUAUAUAUUCAUUUGGGAUGAGGACUUGGGUGUCGAGGAUUUUAAUGCUGAAGAGUACAUUAAAUUGGUGAAGAAGCAUAAUUUGGAAAUAUCGCAGCCUGGUCUAGAGCAAAACCAUUAUAUAACAUGGGAAAUGACCAAGAAGAAAAAUGGCCAUGAAAUUCACAAAUUGACAAAUGAAAAACCAGGCUGGUGCAAAGACCCUCAUUUGCCGCCUUGUGCUGCGUUUGUUGAGAUAAUGGCACCAGUGUUCUCUCGUGAUGCAUGGCGUUGCGUAUGGCACCUGAUUCAGAAUGAUUUAGUUCAUGGAUGGGGACUAGAUUUUGCUCUUCAUAAAUGUAUUGCGCCACCAGCUCAUGACAAAAUUGGCGUUGUUGAUGCCCAAUGGAUUGUUCAUCAAGUGCUUCCUUCACUUGGAAACCAGGGACAUUCAGAGAAUGGAAGAGCUCCCUGGGAAGGGGUCAGAGAACGAUGUCAUAGAGAAUGGGGAAUGUUUCGGAAUCGAAUGGAAGAUGCAGAGAAGGCAAUGAGGACAUCUCCUCUCAAUACUACAGCAGCUUAGAGAUUAAUCAUUUUGUUUGAAUGAAUUGGGUGUGUUUUUAACUGGGGCAAUAGAAAAGCAUUCAAGUGAAAUAGAAUAAAAAGUUCAUGUGUUUGCAAAUUUUUUCUUUUUCUUUUUAUUAAUUUUUUAUUUUUUAUUUUGUAUAACUUUUCCUCAGUCCAAGCACUCCUGUAGUGUGCUGAAGUAUAUAUACAGGUUUUUUUUUUUGAAUAAAGUGGAUAAAUCACAAAUUUAUUAAAAAGGAAUAUAUAUACAGGUUAGAGC